AUGGGUCGUAGAUAUGGUCCUGUAUUUAGUCUUAGGCUCGGUACACAGUUAGUCGUUGUGGUGAAUGGCUACCGCGCAAUUAGAGACGCAUUGGUAAAGAAGGGUGAAUUCUGCAACAGUAGACCACAUAUGCCGAUUAUGGAGCGAACAACCAGGCGAAAUGGCAUAGUGAAUGCUGUUUUUGGGCCCUCUUGGAAGGAACAGCGCACCUUUACCUUACACGUGCUGAGAAAUUUUGGCAUGGGACGAUCCAUUGUCGAGGAUCGGGUCUCGGAGGAGUGUCUCCACCUCAAAAAGGCAAUAGAGAGCUUCGACGGCAAUUCGUUCGAUCCUACACACGUGUUGACCAAUGGAAUAGCUAAUAUCAUAUCAUCUAUCAUAUUCGGUGGCAGGUUUGAAUAUGACGACCCAUUUUUUAGAACACUGCUUCGUCUCUGCAAUAAAAACUUUGAAUUGGCGGGCAGUGUGGCCAUAUCCAACUUUUUCCCGGUCUUACAAUAUAUACCCUUCGGUCCGAUGCGAGAAAUUGUUGACAAUUUCGAAAUAUAUCGAAAAUUUUUAAAUGGUAAGAUAGAAGAGCAUCGUCAAAGUUUCGAUCCUGACAACGUCCACGAUGUAGUGUCUGCUUAUCUCCAUGAAAUGAACAAUAGAAAAGAAGAACAACGCGAGCCCGGCCAUUUUAACGACGACAACUUAUUCGCCGUAGUUAGUGACUUAUUCGCUGCCGGGACUGAGACCACAUCGACCACACUGAGGUGGGCUGUUCUAUACUUCGCUUUAUAUCCCGACGUUCAAAAGCGAGUUCAGGCUGAACUUGACGAGGUGGUUGGCAUGGGAACCCCGACUUUGGCUAACAGACGACAACUACCGUAUACAGAAGCUACUAUACACGAGAUACAGCGCAUGAGCAGUAUAGUUCCGCUGUGUAUCCCACACGCUGCCAGCGAAAACACCGAAAUACUUGGGCAUUACAUUCCGAAGGACACGGUGAUUAUGGUGAAUUUAUGGUCGGCCCUCAACGACCCAGACACCUGGACAAACCCAGAACAGUUCAACCCAGAACGUUUCCUUGACGACAAAGGCCAGGUGGAAAAACCCGAUGAGCUGAUUCCGUUUAGUAUAGGACGACGCGUUUGUUUGGGUGAGCAGCUAGCCAAGACGGAAUUGUUUUUGAUAAUUACACAAAUCUUGCAUCAAUUUACUAUAACCAUUGCAGAAGAAGAAAAUCAAGACAUGGCAUCGCUAUUGAAGCCCGUCGCCGGUAUCACUCUGUCGCCACAACCAUACAAAAUACAAGCAGUUAACCGACACGCAUUGUAG